ACCAACCCCCGAAACGAACGAAUGAGACACAUAAAAGAGUAUCGACAAUGGUCUUUGCUAUAUUAUUUUUCACUUUUUAUUCAACCUCUACAACAACUUCAUCAAUCUCUAUUACAUCUCAUUCAACACGUCUUUUUGAGCGAACACUGAUCGCUAAUGAAAGCGAUAUAGGUUAUAUAAUUCCAUCAAAAUCGAUCUUUGAAUAUCACGCCGAGACUAUCGGAAGAAUAUUUGCAUGGACUUGUACUGUGUUGUAUUUAACAAGUAGAAUGCCUCAGAUAUGGAAAAACCACAAAAGAAAAUCAGUUGAAGGACUUUCAAUUUUUAUGUUUAUAUUUGCCGCAUUAGGGAACUUAACAUAUACACUCUCAAUAACCUCGAAUCCAUUAGCGCAAACGAGUCCAACUUAUUUAAAAGAAAGUAUUCCUUAUAUCUUAGGAUCUAUAGGUACCUUGGUAUUUGAUCUAACUAUAUUUUUACAAUGGUGUUAUUGGAAGAAUCGUGAAGGCUUUGAAUUAAAUAAGGAAGGUGUCGAUGGCGUUGAAUAUUGCAGACUACCACUGGGUGAUUGUGGGUUUAGAAAUAGUGAUGAUGGAAAUGAUGAGAUUUACACUAGAUUAUAA